GUAUCACCAAGUCCAGCCAGGACCUUGGUGCACAAAAUAGCUGAAAGCUCCCCUCAGGAUGAGAGCAAGGCAGCUGGUCUGUGGGAUCUGGAGUCUGUGUUUCCUGUUCUGUCUUUUCUGCAUCUUUCUUCAUCAAACAACAGCUAAAAGAAAACUGAAGUUUGUGUCCCUUGUAUUUCGCCAUGGUGAUCAUACCCCACAGGAGUUUUUCCCAACUGAUAAGCAUAAAGAAAUUGCAAGACAACAAGGAUAUGGCCAACUUACCAAGCUUGGCAUACAACAACAGUACGAGCUUGGCCAGUACAUGCGGAGGAGAUACUCUCACUUCCUGAGCGUUGUGUACAAGCAGUGUGAGAUUUAUGUUCAAAGUACUGACUGUGAUCACACACUUAUGAGUGCUCAGGCAAGUCUUGCCGGACUGUACCCACCAACACAGGAUCAGAUUUGGAAUCCCAGAAUCCUUUGGCAGCCAAUUCCAGUUCACACAGUGCCACUGUCACAGGAUAAUUUGCUAUACCUACCUUUCUCACACUGCCCAAAAUACAAGGAGCUUCUGAGAGAAACCUUCGCAACAAGGGAUUUCCAAAGGCAAUUCAAGCACUACAAGCAAUUUCUGAAGUUUUUAGCCACUCAUACAGGAUAUCCAUUGAAGAAGUUGACUAGCGAAAGGAUUUGGAAGCUCUCUGACACUUUACAAUAUGAGGAUAUUAACAAUUACACUUUACCUGUUUGGGCUACUCAUGGUGUCAGGAGCAAACUGAUAAAGCUGUCAGAAUUGUUAUUGCAGGCAGAAUUUGGGUUCCACAAACACAUACAAAAAUCCCGUUUGCAGGGAGGUAUUCUUUUAAAAACUAUUCUAAAACAUAUCUUGGAUGCUAGACAGCCUUCAUACCAUCAAAAAAUGGUUAUGUAUUCCACGCAUGCAGCCACCAUUGCUGCCUUACAGAUGGCACUCAAUGUCUUCAAUGGAAAAUUGCCUCCUCACAGUGCCUGCCAUUUUUUUGAACUUUACCAGGAAAAAAAUGGGCAAUACACCAUAGAAAUGUACUACCGGAACAGUUCUUUGAGGGAGCCUCACCCCCUCACUCUCCCUGGCUGCAAAUUUCGCUGUCCCCUGGAGAGAUUUACUCAUCUGGUCUCUCCCAUCCUCGCACCCUAUUGGACAAGAGAAUGUAGAAUGUAGGACAUCAGAAGAGGUGUUCCCUCCACUAUCUUCAGUGGGGUUCACUUUAUGAAAGGACUCCUCCCACACUGUGAUAUGACCGUAGUCCAACAUUUCUCUUUAAAUUCCAACAGCAUGACCAACUGAGUCUCCUGAUCUCUACCAAAAGAAAACAUUCCUUAAUGCUACAAACAAAAAUUACAGAAAUCACUGCCUUCUUCUUCAUGAAUAUUUGCUUUAUCACCUGCUAAAACCUAAGUGCAACAUGAAACCAGUGGAAUUUUUCAAGACCUAUUCUUUCCAAAGGGACUUUGUCAGAAUUAAUUCAACCAUGCAGUUAUAGUUAAAGUGUUUUGAAGGGCUAAAGCCUUGAUUUACAGCAAAAUUGGAAAAUACCUCUGAAGGAGUGUUGCCCUCUUUUGAAGAAUGAGACAAGAACUUCCAGAACUGGUGACAGAAGCAAUGCUUCAAAUGGAGACGCUAAAAGGAGGAGUCAUUCCACUGUCCUUAGACUUUAUUUUACUUAAGAAACAAUGAAUCACUUUACACAAACAGGUCUCAGAAGCCACAAGAAUUAGGAUUAUGCCUGCUUACUUACCUAAGAGAUUUCUUCUUCUGUUCUCUGCCUUUUACAUGCACAAAUAUCCCAUCUCUACAUAGAAGGAAGAUGAGAUUUACAGAAAACUUGGACUGUGAAUUUAGACUUAAAGGGGCCUAGAAACUGCCAGGCUAGCUACCAUGAAGACCUAGCAACAACUGGUUGACCCAACAAGGCCUUCAGAUAUUCUUUCCAAAAAGACAGCAAAGCCAAGUGUUAAUUUUGGAAGAAAAAUACUUUUUGGUUCUAAAUAGCUUUUUUAAUACCUUCCUUUGGUUACAUUACCUUGAUUGUAUAUUCUGAUCUGAUCAUAUAAAGUCUGUUCUCCUGGGAAAUCUGUAAGCAGAUGUCAUUCUUGACAUGAACAAAAAAAAUUGCAAUAAAAAUAAAAAAUACCA